CUCCCCUCCCCUCCCCACUACUUGUUUAGGUUGUCUGCAGUCGCACCGUGCAUUCACUGCACACCUCACAAUGUCUGCAAUACGACGUUUAAUGCAUAUAGUUAAUCCUUCCGUCAAUGCCCUAUUGAGGAAACCUGGUAGCAACCUAUUAAAUCAGAACUUUUUAUCGAACAAUCAGUCCCUACCCAGUCUGACAUCGUUUUUAGGCUUAAAAACUCUUUCACCUGUCAGUAGAGCUGCCAAGGCCUUUCCAAAGACACCAUCUCACCAAUCAACUGUUGUAGAUACCUCUGUAGAUGAUGAACGUACCAUUGAAGAGGUCAUAUCCAAAGUGAACUCCCAAAUAGAAAACAAAAGCCAUGGCCGUUUAUUUGCAAUCAUUCAACUUGCCAAUCGGCAGUGGAAAAUAACACCUGAGGAUGUAGUUGUUGUUGAAGGCCACUGGCCUCCAAACGUUGGAGAUUCCAUCAGAUUGGAAAAGGUCCUUUUAGUUGGGUCUUCCGACUUUACCUUGGUUGGAAUGCCACUUCUCCGACCAGAUUUAGUCAAUAUCCAGGCCACUGUUGUGGAAAAGCGACUUUCACACACGAAAACAAAUUUCAAGAAGAAAAGGAGGAAGCAAUACCAACGAAUUAAUUUUUAUAGAUAUCAACACACAAUGAUACGGAUCAACUCGAUCACUCUGAGUGCAGUGAAUGAGAAGAAGGACCUGGAAGGAGUAGAUGGGAGAGUUUUCUGAUUUAGUAAUAUUGCUUUUAGUAUCAAUGUGUGAACUCAAGCGCUGUAAAUGGUCUCUAUUAAAUUCAGUUAUCAAUAAACUAUAAUUUUAUUUAACAAUUCAA